CUGAGCAAACAGAGAGAGGAUUAUAAACCCCCCCGGCAGUGGGAGCUGUGCAUUCUGCAGGCAACCGUGGGGUGCAGCUGAGCGUGGACAUGGGAUCCCAAGGCAUCCGUCUCCUGGCAGGGCUCCUUGUCCUGGGGCUGUGUGCUCUGGCCAUGGCCGAGAAACCUUCUGCCUGUCAGUGCUCACGGAUCAGCCCCAAGAACAGGACGAACUGCGGCUUCCCGGGCAUCAGCAGCGACGACUGCUUCUCCAACGGCUGCUGCUUCGACUCCACCAUCCGCAACGUCCCCUGGUGUUUCGAUCCCCUCCCGAAGCAAGAGAACCAGGAGUGCAUCAUGGAAGUCUCGGCCCGCGUGAACUGUGGUUUCCCGGGCAUCAGUUCUGAGGAGUGUGCGUCUCGGAAUUGCUGCUUUUCCGACACCAUCCGUCAAGUGCCCUGGUGUUUCUACCCACUCUCUGUGGAAGACUGUCACUAUUAAGGGGCAGUGCCUUCAGAGGACCCACCAGGCUCCCUGGAUGUUCUGAAACAGAAGAAGAAUUCUCACCGUCUUAUCGGUUUCAGAUUUCACGCUUCCUGAAUUCCUGAGUUUUCCUAAUCUGCUUUUUGUCUUUUUCAAUGGUUUAACAUACAAUUUCUUCAAAUAAAGAAAACUCUUAAAAU